UGUUCCCUGGGGCCACAGUGUUUUCAACGGGACUCAACUCACUACUUACUGGACUCGCCAUGGCCGCUUGACCCAGGCUGAAAUAACCCUUUCCCGUUAUUAUUUGUUCGAAACAUUUGCACAAACUUUUCCCAGACAAACUUUCGUCUUUUGUGUAGUUUUUAUGUCAAGAAAUAAGGAUGCAACCCCCACCGAGAAAGGUCCGGGUCACCCAGGAGCUGAAACACACUCACGCAGAGCAGAUGAGCAGAUUACACAUCAAACACCAGACAGAGUGUGACCUCCUGGAAGACCUGAGGACUUUUAGCCAAAAGAGGGCAGCUGUAGAGAGGGACUACGCCCAGGCCCUCCAGAAGUUGGCAAAUCAGUAUCUAAAGAGGGAAUGGCCAGAGAGUGUGACAGAAGAACGAGCAGACCACAGGAACAUGUACUGUGUAUGGAGGGCCUAUUUGGAAGGCACAGUCCAGGUCACUCAGUCCAGAAUCAGCGCCUGCGAUAACUACAAAGUCCAAGUCGCUGAUCCAGCCAAGACGGCCCGACUGCAGAAGGAGCAGCAGCUGAGGAAGUGUAUUGAACAGCUGACGGUGGUUCAAGCUGAGCUGCAGGAGUCGGUGAAGGAGCUCACCAAGAGCAGGAAGAAGUACCAGGAGGCCGAGACGAUGGCACAGGCUGUCCGAGAGAAGGCGGAGCUCGACGCCAAGUCCAAGUUAAGUCUCUUCCAGUCCAGAUCCAGUCUUCAGAGGGCGAGCGUAAAGCUGAAAGCCAAGAGGAGCGAGUGCAACUCCAAAGCCACCCACGCCAGAAACGACUACCUUCUCACACUAGCAGCAGCUAACGCUCACCAGCAGCGCUACUAUGACACAGACCUCAUGGACUGCAUCAAGGUCUUAGACGGCAGAAUCUAUGAGCAGGUAAAAGAUUACCUGGUGUCGCUGUGUCAGACGGAGCUGGAAAGUUACCAGGCGGUCCACCACACCUUCAACCAACUCUUAAACAGCUCAAACGGGGUUCUGCAGGAGUUUCACCAGCAGCUGUUUGUACAGAAGAACCUCAUGUUUCAGCAAGCCCCGGAUUUAUUGUACCAUCCCUGCGACUCAGAUACGGUGGCUCAGCUGCAGAAGGAAAGUGGAACGUCAGAGGAACACAGUCUGGAUAAAGAGGCGAGGAAAUGGGCGAGCCGCGUGGCCCGAGAAUACAAGAGCAUCAUCCAUACCCAGCGGGCCCUGGAGGAUUAUGGGACACAGGAAUCAUCAGAGCAAAACAACAGUGAGCUGGAGACCAAGAUGGAGGUGGCCAGGCAGAGUCUUCGGAGGGCAGAGACGGUGAAGGUGAAAGCAGAGGCUCGUCUGGACCUCUUGAGGCAGGCAGGUGUUGCUGUUGAAACGUGGCUGAAGAGCGCCAUGAACCAGGUGAUGGAGGAGCUGGAGAACGAACGCUGGAACAACCUCAGUACCCAUGAUCCUUCACUCUCUGGAACAGCAGAUCUGGAGCGAGAGGAUGAGGAGGAGAUGGAGGACAGUGGUGAAGUGUUAGAUGACAGCAGCUCCAGCCCCUCCAGCACCUUAAAAAACUAUCCUCUCACCUGUAAAGUCCUCUACUCCUACAAGGCGUCUCAGCCGGAUGAACUGACCAUUGAGGAGCAGGAAAUCUUGGAGGUCAUUGAUGAUGGGGACAUGGAGGACUGGGUCAAGGCCAGAAACCGCAGUGGGCAGGUCGGCUACGUCCCAGAGAAAUACUUGCAGCUUCCUUCCUCUAACAGCCUGCUGAGUAUGCUGCAGGCUCUGGCCGCGCUGGACGCCCGAUCUCAUUCCUCCAGUAACUCCACUGAACCUGAAACCGAGCUACCAACCGGCUCUGUAAAUGGGGACUCCAGUGUGUCAUUUGCGAAGGCCCUUUACGACUACGCGGGACAAACGGAUGACGAGCUGUCAUUUCCAGAAGGAGCCAUCAUCCGCAUCCUGAGCAGGGAAACCCAUGAGGAUGACGGUUUCUGGGAGGGAGAGCUUAACGGCGUCGUUGGUGUCUUCCCUGCGGUUCUGGUGGAGGAUCUCGCUGGUGCCAGUGAGAACGGAGAUGGGCAAAGAGAUGGUAGCGCACAGGCUUCGCCCUCCCCUUUGGCCCAGUGUGAACGAUCCCCUCGCAGUCCCUUCCAGCCCGGACCCCUCCACAGCAGCCCCCUCCAGACGCCCACUGUGUCGUCUCCUCUGUCGAGUCCCUGCAGCGCUACAGCCUCUCCCAUCGGCCGACCACCCUCCUAUCACAACGGACAUCACAGGCCGCCACCAGCGUCGCACAAAAGCCCUUUUCAGAGUCCAGUCCAAGGUUCCCCUCAACCUCCCAAAUACCCAGAGACCAGCUCCGGCACCAUUCGACCUGUCCGUGCCGCUCCGCCACCCCCCAAGCAGCAUCCACGCGGGCAGGUGAAGCGGAGAGAGGAGGUGGAGAUCACGCUGGUGUGAAGGCAGUCGGCACCCUGGUGGUGGCAGCGACGACAGCUCUGUACAAACCAGAUGGGAUUUCACAGCUCUGUGACUCCUGAAAUGCACUCCCAAAGGAAACCUGAGGAAAUCCCCUAAAGACACCCAGAGGACCGCAGAGGCCUUUUACUUUGUCCUCCUGUCUUUUCACACAACACCUCAUCAGGAUUGGUGUGCUGUGGAGGAAUAUUGUGCCUUUCUCUAAACUAUACUCCUUUACCCACACUCACACUCUCUUAUUGGACUGUUAAAUACUGUAUUUUUUAUUCAGAGUUAUACAUCUUCUACUCCAUAUUGUCCAACUCUUCUACCUGGACAUGAAUCAUUUUACAGUCCUGACAAAAUAUGUUUAUAACAGACAGAAUAUCUGCUGUUAUUAUCUUCAGUCCUGGUGUUAAGUGUUCAGAUCCUGUUUCUGUUUUUUGCUUUCGCUCACAGUAACUGAUACAGUCACAACUAGCAAAUAAUUCAAUGCUUUUGUGCCGGGCCAAAAAACACAGUAAAACCUGUUAAUGUAAGAAAUCGAUGGAAAAGAUGACGUCACAUCAAUCCACACAACUCUGUAAAGCUAAGUUUAACUUUGGUCACACACAGAUUUGCACCAUUUACAGACGAUGAUGUGAUUUAUUUAUUGAUCUACAAAAACACAGCAGUCCAGAAGAUAACAUGGUGAAGGGACAGUCCCCCCCAAAAUCAAAUAUACAUACAUUACCUCUUACCUGUCGAGCUAUUUAUGAAUCUAGAUUAUUUU